GUUAACACUGACCCUACUUCCUUGUAUGACUAAAUCAAAAAAUAAAAUCAACAGAGACUAACCAUUUGUGUCAGUAAAUGUCAGAGAGCAGACACACACAGGCUGGAUAUGGUUAUAACAGAAACUUUAUCUGCCUGCUGUUGUGGAGACCACGAGCUUUCCAAAACCGACACUAGUGCAGUGGAAACUAUAGGCAGAUGAGAUAAAAGGCUGAGGAUUCCCUCAAGGGAAGGCAAAUUCAAAACAACACUCGCACAAGCUGCAGAAAGGGCCUUGCACUGCAAGCAUGGACAAGGAUCAGAACAAAAUUGAUCGCUUUCUUAAGCUGGGCUACAAUGAGGCUGACAUUAUCAGAGUCCUGGAGAACCUGCACCACGAUGCCUUGACCAAUGACAUCUUAGAGGAACUGAUUAAGACAGGGCGCAGGUCAGAGGCAGAGUCUGACAAACCAAGAAGCUACAGUCCACAGCUGGUGCCUCGUGGCUGCUCUCCUCCUCAGUCACUGACGCCAAAGUAUGCAGUGGACGAGUGGGAUGCUGAUACCUACAGCAGUUUGAGGCCCAUUGUUAUCGAUGGAAGCAAUGUUGCAAUGAGUCAUGGUGACAAGCAGGUAUUUUCCUGCCGUGGUAUCCAGCUAGCAGUGCAAUGGUUUUGGAAUAGAGGACAUCGAGAGAUCACUGUCUUUGUCCCAUCAUGGCGAAAGGAGCAACACAGACCUGAAACCCCAAUAACAGAUCAAAAUAUUCUCCACCUCUUAGAAAAAAGAAAGAUCCUUGUCUACACACUCCACUCCCGUCGUGUGAAUGGAAAAAGAGUGGUGUGCUAUGAUGAUCGCUACAUUGUAAAACUGGCUUAUGAUUCGGAUGGCAUCAUUGUCUCGAAUGACAACUAUCGUGAUCUGCAAAGUGAGAAGCCAGACUGGAAAAAAUUCAUUGAAGAAAGGCUCCUCAUGUACUCUUUUGUUAAUGAUAAGUUAAGCCACCAGAUGAAUCCGUUGGGACGGAAAGGGCCAAGUAUUGAAGACUUUCUCAGGAAAACCCCUAAACUUCCGGAAAAUAAAUGGCGGCACUGUCCUUAUGGUAAGUAUCUGGGUUUUUACAAGUGUCUUUGGUAUUAUUCCGACCUAUUUACAAUCUGCAAGAUCUCACAAUAUCUGGAAUUAUCAGGUGGAGGCAUAAUGAGCUAUCCUGUUGACUUUUAUUCCCACUGGUCAUUCAUGUAGGCUGAAGAGUGGACAGAUAGGCACGGUCUAAUAUGUGCAGUUAUGCCUUGCCCCAAAUGCUACACACACCUACCUCACGUUCAAAUCCAUGUUCUCUACCUGCUAAUCCAGUGGCAUCUUGAGCUCCUUGGUGCUUUUAUAUUUCAGAAUUUUGGCCACCACUUAUAACACUGCUUGUAUCCUUUCUUGUGCUGGUAUUUCUAGUUGUCUCCUGUAGUUUAUUUUUCCUGUAAUUCUUGUAAUUUAUAGCUUUAAUUUUGAGAAUAUUGCUUUACUCUUUUUACAUUUGUUUGCUACGUGUCUACCUUCUUUUGCCUGGGUUUUAACCUCCAUUUCUUUUUUGUCCUUUUGCUUAUUCUACUUGCUGACCUUUAGACAUUUAGGCUAUACAGUAUUGUCACAUUCUACAACUUCAAAGCCUUCACUAAACAAUAGUGCCAUGCUGGUACAAGUUCUCCUUAUCAGUCUAUUCAGUUCUGAUCACUCAAAGGAAAGACAAGGACAGGGAGGCAAACAACAAAAGGUGAUGGCUUAGCACAAUUACAAUGCUGUCGAUAUUGGAAGUGAGCUGGAGCGCCGGCGGAGUCCUAUACAGUAUGUCUUCUGCUAUGCAACACUCAUUAUGUGGGGCAGCAAUAUAAGGAUGGAAAAGACAAGGAAAAUAAAAUCAGGGAGCUUGAUUAGUGCCCUUGCUUGUGCAUUAGGAAUCUUGUUACUAUUCAAACCACUGUCAAAUUGCCUUAGUGACUUUGGUGU